AGGUCUUCAUAAUAAUCCUCUAUAUAAGCCCUUAACCACUUUCACAAAGACCACACCACCAAAAAAAAAAGACAAUUUUUUUGAAAUCGAUCGAUCGAUCAAUAUGGAAGCAAAGCAAAACUUGGUCAUAUUUUUUGCAACAUUGCUUAUAGUUGCAACCAUUGGAAUUGAAAUGGCCAGUGCAGAUUCCUUCUGUGGAUUAACAAUAAAUGAUUUAAUGACAUGUAAGUCAGCAGUAUCUGGGCCUAAACCAUUGCCACCAUCUGAUAAAUGUUGUGCUGCUUUAACCAAAGCAGAUUUGCCUUGCCUUUGCACUUUCAAGAAUAGUCCAAUGUUGUCUAGUUUCAAGAUUAAUUCCACUCUUGCUAUGGAUCUUCCAUCUAAAUGCAAACCUGAUUCACCUAAUUGCUCCGCUUAAUUAAACUAGAAGCGAAUUUGGGAUUUGAAGAUUAGUACUGACACGUACCCCUUUAAUGAGUAGUGAGUGGUGAAUUAAUGUUUGGUUUAAUUUGUUGUUGUUUGAAAUUUGAAUUUAAGUGUGUGGUUCCUAUAGUCAUGUGCUUUGUUUUAUUAUUUUACUUUUAUGGUAAGAAUUUAUGUUGAUCAACUUUGUGUGGUUGAUCUUAAUAGUUUAUUUUAAUAAACUUUGACGUUUUGUUUGUUGA